AGGAAAUCGCAGUGAAUAUGACUGACUUAAGCAUUUCAAAAAGUAUUGAUAAUCAACAAGUAGUUAUGCUUAAAAAAUUAAUUGUUUUAAGUAUAGUAGCAAAUAGUAGUAAUGAUGAUCUCAACCGCUUCAUGAAUUGUACUAAAAAAGUUCCUUUUAAGGUUAAGGAAAAUAUUUUAAAAGUUAUUUACGUUGAAAUAAAACGAGUGUAUUUCACGUUCUUAGAUUUACUAAUACCGUACAGAUAUCUAAUCAAAGAAAAAGUAUUAGAGUAUUUAAAUAUAUUAAAAAGUAACAAGAUUAACAUUCAUAAUGAAUUGAAAAAUCUGUCCUCCUUUUCUGAUAAAGAAGUAGUAUUUUAUGAAGUCCUUAAUCAGAUUGAAACGCGAAUGAAUUCUGAUAAAAUGCCAAUGCUGUCAAAUCCAUCUACUCCACUUUCGUCGCAAAAUUCCAGGACAUUAACAGAAACGUGCCUAACGAAUCGAGUACUAGAACUCUGCAUCUUAGAUGCUUUGGCUACAUAUGUUGUUCUGGAUGUAUUCAUAUUAUGUAUAAGUUCACAUAAAGCUACAGAGAAAAUAUUGAAUUCGUUAAAACAUAAUGCAGACUUUAAAAAUAAAGUUGAAGUAAAGAUGAAAAAUUUUCUUGAUGAGCACGACGUAGAUUAGACUGCCGUGAAAUUAAAAGAUUUGCUUACAACUUAUUCGCCUGAAUUGAAAAUUCAGCCCGAAAAAAUUACCAAACAUUUAAAGAACUAUUUAAAAGUAGUAAAUCCCGAGAGUGGAAUCUGUUUCCAAGGUUGCUAUAGGUAUGUCUAUACUUCUCGUAAUAUUAAAACUUAACUCUUUGUCCUGCCAGCAUCCAACAGGCAUGUAAAUCCGGCGGAAAGUACCACUUUUUCUCUCUUGGGCGGAAAGUAAACCUACAGUUGGAAAAGUGCAAAAAAGUAAUAAUUUUCCGCCCUAAGACUCUUUUUUCGCUUAUAAAAUUUUGUUUAUAACACAUGCAUGCAAAACACACGUUUUUAUGGAUAUAAAGCGAAUGACAAGAUUCUCAUUUCGAACAUGAGAGCCAUUCCCUCUCACUACUAAAGAAUAAUCAAAUUUUCAAAAUUUUCGAAAUUUUAAGUAAGAGAAACUUCCCGUUCACUUCAAAUGCAUAAAAACGAGUCUUUAGAUGCACUUGUCAAAAAAAGUACAGUGUGCGAUAAGGGGAGAAGUUCAUUUCUACCUCGGGUAAGAUUUCGUUAAAAAUAGCCCC